CACGGGGAAGUACUGUCCUGGAUUUAUCUCCGACUUUUGGUGCUUUUUGGCCGUUCGUGUUGUCAGGAAAAAAUAAAGAAACAAGUGAUCUUAAUUGAGAAUCAGUGUUAACCCAAACGGACACGGACUCAGGUGUCAAGGGGGAGUGGAAAUUAUUGCUGUAUUUCGUGUAAUUUCAAGGGCUUUACAAUAACCAACAGUGUGGGAAAGAAACACUAGAAUCACAGUUCAGUGUUGGCAGGAUUCGAGAACUGCCAACACUAUCCCCGAGAGGCGUUUUUUCUCGCAGGUUCACAGUUGCGAGACCACCCAAUGCCAGGGAUUUCAGGGCCACGGAGCGACGGUGACCAGCCCUGGGGAGCGUGGUGUGGAGGCGUCAAGAUAUCAUCGGUCUGGCCUCAGGGCGGGUCGGCUCCAACCACGCCGGUCCCGCCCGUCCACCUCCCUCUCCCUCUCACCACCACACACAAGGAUAUGGAAGCCGCAACGAGCUGAUCGCCCGCUACAUCAAGCUCCGGACAGGCAAGACCCGAACCCGCAAGCAAGUUUCAUCUCACAUCCAGGUUCUCGCGAGACGCAAGCUGCGCGAGAUCCAGGCCAAGCUCAAGGAUGUACCAGGGGGCUGCACAUCAGAAGAAAAUGGCGGAAUGCUUAGACUGGACGCUGCCACAAAAGAAAAAGCACUGCAGACAAUGUCCUCCAUGUCGUCUGCGCAGAUCGUGUCCGCGUCAGUGAUGCACAACAAGGCGUCCCUUGGGUUACCUCCUCCUCCUGUGUCAUAUGCCAGUGCUUUUUGGCAAGGAGGUCUUCAGGCUGGAACAAGUCAAGAUGUCAAGCCUUUUGCUCAGUCCGCCUUUGGCAUGGGCAGCGAAACAAAGCCUGGAACAGGAGGCAUGAGCGGCCUCCUACAGCCAGCCGCGGCACCCUCUGUCACAGUGCCACCGUGGGAGGGAAGAUCCAUCGCCACCCAGAAGCUGCGACUUGUUGAGUUUAGUGCUUUCAUGGAGUCCCAGAGAGAUCCAGACACAUAUCAGAAGCAUCUGUUUGUUCACAUAGGUGGACCCACGACAUAUGCAGAUCCAAUAUUAGAGGCGGUUGACAUUCGACAGAUUUAUGAUAAAUUCCCAGAGAAGAAAGGCGGCCUAAAGGAACUCUACGACAAGGGCCCACAGAAUGCCUUCUUCCUUGUCAAGUUCUGGGCUGAUCUUAACGUCAAUAUUCAGGACGAGUCUGGAACCUUCUAUGGCGUCACAAGCCAGUAUGAGAGUCCUGAGAAUAUGACAAUCACUUGCUCCACGAAAGUGUGCUCGUUUGGCAAGCAGGUGGUCGAGAAAGUGGAGACCGAAUACGCCCGCUUCGAGAAUGGCCGCUUUGUGUAUCGCAUCCACCGCUCUCCAAUGUGCGAGUACAUGAUCAAUUUCAUCCACAAACUGAAACACCUUCCGGAGAAAUAUAUGAUGAACAGUGUCUUGGAGAACUUCACCAUUUUACAGGUGGUAACCAACCGCGACACGCAAGAGACACUACUGUGUGUAGCAUAUGUGUUUGAAGUUUCUACGUCUGAGCAUGGUGCGCAACAUCACAUUUAUCGUCUGGUGAAAGACUAACAACACGCCCCAGUGCAGCUCAUUCUAGCGUCAUGUCAGACGUUGAGCUGGCAUCUUGUUUAGCACCAUGUUCCGCAUUGCAGGAAAUGCCUUGUGAAGGAUUACAGUUGUGCCCCUAUGUAAAUUAUCUGCCUGUCUGUUGCAGUGCUGACCUCUUGCCUAUAAGUGCUCGAAUUUAAUACUUGAAAAAAACAAAAAACAAAAAUAAUUUCAUCCAGGCUCCAAGCAUAAAGCCAAAACA